UCUAAGGAAACAAAUAGCAUUCUUUUGAGCGGCAUCCUUCGCUAUUGAAAUUUUGUCUUGUUUUUUUUUCCAAUUUUAGGGUUUUUUUCCUCGUAGGAUUCUUGAAUCAUUGAUUUGCAGGACUGAGUGACUCGGUAUCUUUACAGAAUGAAGCUUGUGCCUCUUUUUUGGUUUCUUUUGCUUUUGGUUUUUAGUUGUCGAUGUAACUCGGCCAAGAAAAUGCAUCAAGGAACAAAGAAACCAUGUACUAAGCACAAACACCAUCUUCUUUUAACUCGACCAACUGCUCAUCCAAGUGAACAUCCAGUUACAGGGCUUAUAAAGCCUUCUCRUAAAGCCAAGACGCCGUGUACUCGUCACAAUCAUCGUCUAACAACUCAAGUAGCAUACACAACGCAAAGCAAACCUUCAACCACGGCUAGGCCGGUUACUACAGCCUGCAAAAAGACUCCCUGUGGUGUUAGCAAGUGGAGCAAGUGGUCCAAAUGUUCUUCUUUAUGUGGUAACGAUGGAGUGAAACAGAGAUCAAGAAAGGUUAUAACUGAGCCAACAUGUGGAGGCACAUGUGAGUAUUUCUUGCACGAGGUCCAACCCUGCAACAGAAUGUGUUUGAAUGGCGGAACACCUUUAGGCGAUCAGUGUAAAUGUCAAGCUGGAUACGCUGGGAAAUGUUGUCAAAAAGUCAAUGGCAACUGGUCACCAUGGGGCAUAUGGAGUCAGUGCUCUAGAUCUUGUGGAAAUGGAAACCGACAACGCAUGCGUACUUGUGAUGAUCCUUCUCCAGCGAAUGGUGGUAGCGGUUGCCAGGGUACCAGCCAUGAAACUGUUGAAUGCAGUAGUGAGAGAGAAUGCCCAGUUAAUGGUGGUUGGAGUCUCUGGGGGCCAUGGAGUCCCUGUAGUACUACCUGUGGUCAAGGACAGAAGUUUCGUCUACGGAUGUGCUCCAACCCAUUCUCCCGUUAUGGUGGAAGACCAUGUCUUGGUCUCAUGUUGUUGACAUCUCAGUGCCAGCUGCAGGAGUGCAGAACCCCAGGCAAUGCAGGCAGUGGUGCCGUUGGUAAAAGACACGUGAUCAAUAGGCGUCUUCUAAAUUACGUCGAUAGCGGCAUCAUCAACAACUUUGAAGACAUUGUCCAAAGAAACGUCGAAAUGCUCUCGAAGCGUGAAGACAGAACAAGUAACAGUGGCCCAUGGACAAGCUGGAGUAGCUGCAGUGUGACGUGUGGUACUGGUCAGCGGUUCCGAUCACGUGCUUGUCAAGAUUUAGCCAAUCCCUGUGUCGGAAUUCCAAUGGAGGCUCAAACUUGUGAAAUGGGAAAAUGUUCACCUUGAGCAGGCAUUAAAAGGGCAUUUAUAAUUUGUAGUUUUCUUCAGUUGUCAUUUUCCAAUUUUAGUGGACAAUCACCUUGAUGUUUUCUUUGGAUCUGUACACAUAUGUUCGUUUUUAUAUAAUAAACACAUAAAAGAGCUA